AUGGGAAAUCCCAUCGAAGAGAUCUCAGGAUCACAUGUUUAUAUUUGGGAUUCUUGUGUUUUCCCGGGGUUUGAGGCCAUAGUGCAUCUGACCCAGGAAAAGAUCAUGAACGUGAACAUAGGACAAGAUGUAAAGAUUCUCUGCAGGAGAGAUGAUAGUGGUAGCUGGACCAUUUCAUGGUACCAGCAGAAAGCUGGAGAUACUCCAAAGUUCUUACUAGCUGAUAGCACCAGAGCCAGUGGUCUGUCCAGCAAAUUCACAUACACAGACAGUGGUGUGGAUGAGUACCUGAACAUCGGCCGAGUGGAAGCUGAGGACGAAGCGGUGUAUUACUGCGGCUGCAUCAUUUGUCAAAGCCAUGGCAGCAUCGGCGGAGGCACCGAGUUGAGGAUCGCUCGUCCAUCGUCUCCUCCGUCUCUGCUCCUGCUGGCUCCUCCUGCUUCUCCGCUCUCUGAGGGUGAUGUCAGUGUGGUGUGUGUGGCUCAGGGCUUUUACCCUGACGGUGUCACCAUGUCCUGGUCUGAGGACAGCAGCGGCGUGACGGGGGACGAGGUGCAGACGGCUCCGUAUCAGCGUCAGGCCGAUGGCACCUUCUCCCAGACCAGCGUUCUGAAGCUCAGUAAGCAGCGCUGGAGCUCCGGGAGAACCUACACGUGCCGUCUGAGUCACCCGGCGCUUUCCACACCGCUGAGCCAGAGCACCAGCCUGAACCAGUGCAUGUAGAGAGAUCACACAUUGCUGGUUCACCUCUCAUGUGUUGCAUAAAGAGAGAAAUAUAUAUAAUGCAGCUCAGUGAACAAAACUUGUCGUUAAUAAUGAGUGUGUUUUCCAUUUAAACAAGCUCUUCUGUUAUUGUGAAAUGAGUCUUGUGGAGCUCUACUUUGUUGCUUAC